AUGGAUGUGCAUAGAAAGGAUCUUAAGUUCAAAGUUGAUGAUCAAGUAUUCCUGAAGCUCUCUCCUUGGAAGGGCAUAGUACGCUUUGGAAAGCGAGGGAAGUUAAGUCAUCACUAUAUUGGACCAUAUGAAAUAAUUUAUGGGAUAGGUCUAAUGGCUUACAAGUUAAACUUAACGAAGGAUAUUUCUCAAGUCCAUGAUGUACUCCACAUUUCUAGGAUCCACACGUAUAUCUCAGACCCAUCACUUGUGUUGGAGAUACUAAAGAUUGAGUUGAGGGAUGACUUAUCCUAUGAGGAGCAGCGAAUGCAGAUUCUGAGUAAAAAAGAGAAAAAGCUUCGCAAUAAGACCAUACCCUUAGUGAAGGCUCUUUGGAAAAAUCACCUAGUCGAGGACGUGACUUGGGAAUAG